UCAAGGCGUGAGGUUGGCUUACGGAAGAAGCGCAAUUGAGUUUUCCCGACUUUCCGCGACUUUUACAAUCUUGUAAAGAAGCUUAUAACGUUGUUCUGCCAUUAAUUACUGACUAAAACCGUUGCGAUUGGUUAGUCCCUAAUUGCAUUGAAUGUUUCGAGUACUAACAAAGUUUGGUACGGAAAAUGGAUGUUUCACCGAGGCGAUAUUACUUUUAUUUUAUCUUAAUUGUAUUCAACGGAAUUCUGCUGUGUCAGGCUGAUGAAAAUGAGGCUCGACUUAUGCGUCAUUUGAUGACGAACUAUGAUGCUGCCGUGCGACCGGUAUCGAAUUCUUCGUUGCCACUCAGCGUUAUUUUUGGGGUUUCCUUGCACCACAUUAUCGACGUUGACGAAAAAAAUCAAAUUUUAACGACCAAUUGCUGGAUUACACAGAUAUGGAUAGAUCACCAUUUGAAGUGGAACGCUUCCGAAUUUGCCGGGAUUAAAGUGAUAAGGAUCCCUUACACUCGUGUUUGGAGACCUGAUUUAAUCCUAUACAACAACGCUGACCCACAGUUCCAGUCGUCUGUGAUUAACACAAACGUGAUAGUGUCAAGUUCAGGAGAGGUGGUAUGGCUGAGCCAUGGCAUCUAUCGGUCUUCAUGCGAUAUCAACGUCGAGUAUUUCCCUUUUGACUUACAAAGUUGCCAUAUGAAAUGGGCGUCGUGGACAUACGAUGGUUAUCAGGUGGAACUCGUAAAACAAACUGAAGAAGGAGAUGUAAGCAACUAUCAGGCAAAUGGGGAAUUUGACUUAGUCAGUUUUUCGUCUGUAAAACAUAUAGAGUAUUAUUCGUGUUGUCCUGAACCUUACCCAGACAUAACCUACACUAUAAAACUGCGGCGUAGGCCUUUGUUUUACGUAUUCAACCUCAUCCUGCCCUGCAUACUAAUAAAUGGAAUAGCAUUGUUGGUGUUCUACGUUCCAUCUGAGUCUGGGGAAAAAGUUACACUUGGAAUCAGUGCACUUUUGUCGAUGACAGUGUUUCUUAUGACUAUCCGAGAGACUUUGCCACCGACAGAAAAAACUCCCUUAAUCAGCAUGUACUACGGAGUCAGUAUUUGUUUAGUGUCAUUCGCAUCUGGAUUAUCAGUCGUUACCCUAAACAUCUACCACAGAGGUGUGAGAGGUUCAGCCGUUCCGAAGAUCAUCCGAUCUGUAGUGCUCAAUAAAUUAGCUCCUUUGGUGUUCAUGAAGUUCGAAGCGCACGCCGGCAGCACCCGACAUCGAAAUUCUCAAAUGCAGGAAAUUAAUCCUCAAACGGGUACGAGAUUAGAUUGUCCUUGGCCAUGGUCAGAUAAACUUCCUCAAGAAGACGGAUAUUGCUUACAACAACGACAGCAAAGAUCACCCAGAUUUCUCCCCAGACACCGUUCAGGUGAAUUAGAUGCAUUUGAGAACCAGAUCAUACGGAUCCUGAACAAAGUACACGCGAGCAUAGAUAGAAACGAACAGAGAUUGAUGGAUCAGGACAGACGAGAUAUCACAGAAUUAGAAUGGAAACAGGCGUCCAUCGUAUUGGAUCGGUUCCUUCUGGCGGUGUUCCUACUAAUCACAAUAAUCAGCACCACAACAAUUUUGUGCAGAAGUCCCCAGGAUCAGACUUAAUGUAUGGUAUUGUUCAAUAUAUUUAAUUAAAUUAAUAAUUCAAUUUCCGGUUGUGCGGAUUUCGUUGCGGAAAGCGACAAAGGUGUGUUGUGAUUAUUAUUGGUGAAUUUUG